AUGUACACUCCUUUAAUGAGGGCAAAUUCCCUAAAAUACGGCCAAAUGAGACAAAAUCUCUUUAGUCUCAUCGUCUUCUUAGUCUUAUUUUUAGUGGUCGGAGAGAAUGGGUUCAUAUACGCUUAUUCUAUAAUACGGAGCUCGACAGGGCCAAGUUUAUCUAGUUAUGAAUUAAAUAAUUUAGAAAAGCGGAUGAAUGGUGUUGUUAAUCAAAGUAAGAGAGAUGUGAUCAAGACAUCAACAACAUCACUGGACGAUUAUUUAAGAGCUCGAGGAGUCUUACCAGCAGUUGACAAAAUACCCAAUACACCACAAACUAAUAAUAAACAAACUGACAACAAUUCAUCUAAUAACCCAUCAACUCCCAUUGAUAUUCCACCACCAAUUGACAUACCGAUAUCAACCGACAAUUCGCAGAAAGAUAGCAAUUCAAAAUCUGAUUCCAAUCCACAACCUAACAACAAUCCACAAUCUGACACCAAUCCACAAUCUAACACCAAUCCACAAUCUAACACCAAUCCACAAUCUAACACCAAUCCACAACCUGAAACUAAUCCACAAUCUAAAACCAAUCCACAAUCUGACACUAAUCCACAACCUGAAACUAACCCACAAUCUAACACCAAUCCACAAUCUAACACCAAUCCACAAUCUAACACCAAUCCACAAUCUAACACCAAUCCACAAUCCAACACCAAUCCACAAUCUGAUACAAAUCCACCAUCUAACACUAAUCCGCAAUCUGAUUCCAAUCCACAAUCUAACGACAAACAGACCGACAAUACACAAAUUAAUAAUAACCCACCCGAUGUCGCAAUUCCUCCGACUGAUGGCAACUCGACUACCCCAAACGUGCCUGACAUCCCAAUGCCUAACAUGCCAGUUUCUAAUGAUACAUCAAAUCCUGAUUCGCUACCUUCAAAUCCUGAUUCGCUGCCUUCAAUCCCUUUACCAGACAUACCGAUAUCUACUGAUGCACCAGAUCCUAAUUCGCAACCGAUACGUGCUGUCUCAGUAGCGCCAGAUCAGCCAUCACCAGUGCCAGAUCAGCCAGCUCAACCAGCGCCAGCUCAACCAGCGCCAGCUCAACCAGCGCCAGCUCAACCAUCACCAGCGCAAGAUCAGCCAGCUCAACCAGCUCAACCAGCUCAGCCUUCAAUUGCUUUACCAGACUUACCAAUUCCUACUGGUGCAACAGAUCCUAAUUCGCAACCGAUACGUGCAGUCUCUCAAGCGCCAGAUCAGCCAGCUCAGCCUUCAAUUCCUUUACCGGACAUACCAAUUCCUACUAAUGCACCAGCACAAGUUUCUAAUGCGCCACCGAUACGUGCUGUCUCAGAUAUACCAAAUCAGGUUCCUUCAAAUUUACCAAACGCUAAUCCUACAAAUGCUGUCCCAAACGUUAUUCCUACACAAAAUUUACCCAAUCCUACUGCGGCACCAGCACCACAAGUUGCAUCAAAUGCAAAUGCUGCACCAGCUGCGACUGUAAAUAAUAAUUCUCCAUCCAAUGUUCCACAGUUCACCGUAGUGCCUACUACUGCUGUUGUAACUACCAUAGCAGCGACAGUUGCAACAGUAUUUAACAGUCAACAAUCUAGUUUUCAUUUAACAACAUAUAGUUUUACAAGUGUUUACACUACUAAUUUUUUGGUUUCUAAACAAAUCGAAAGUCUUACUGGAAAUUUUAAUUAUCCAAAAGGUACACCAACAAGCACAUCUUCUAGUAAAGUAAAUGCUGAUGAUUCAACAGAUAAUAGUCACAUUAUAGGACCAAUAUUAGGUGCAAUAACAGCUACUGCAUCAUUAGCAUUUAUUGUAGCCUUAGUCCUUAUUAGGCGAAAAAGAUGUACCUCGGGACACUUUAAACUUGAUGAAUUUGAUUUAGAGGAUUCAGGAGAAUUUAAUAUGCAUGAUGAUAUGAUUCAACAACCAGAAAUGGCACAUAUUGAUACAUAUAGCGAUAUUAUUGACCUUGGUUAUGGUAGCAGCAGUAGUAGUGAUGGUGACGUUGGUGCCGUUGGUAUGUUAAUUGAUGUACCGAUGGAUAUACCGACACCAACUCCAUCUUAUGAUGGAAGAAGCAGAUUUACUGAAAGGUUCUGA